AUGAAGGCCAACCAAGCAGUCGCCAUCGUCACCGACAAGGUCCUGCUCGUGCCGUACGAAGCGCACCACGUGCCCCUCUACCACGCCUGGAUGCAAGACGCGGCCAUUCGGGACGCCACCGCGUCGGAGCCCCUGACCCUGCAGCAAGAGUACGAGAACCAGCAGUCGUGGCGGGCGUCGCACGACAAGCUCACCUUUAUCGUGUGCGAGCCGCUGCUCCGCGGGGACGACGAGGCCGUCGUCGUCCGGGCGGGCCGGGCGGACGCGGAGGGCCGCGCCAGGGGCGACGUCAACGUGUUUGUGCACCGCGACGGGGCGCGGCUGACGGGCGAGAUCGACGUCAUGAUUGCCGAGGCGGCGCACCGGGGCCAGGGGUGCGGCCGGGCGGCGGUGCAGGCGCUGCUGGUGUACCUGUGGCGGAACUGGGGGACGCUGCGGGCCGAGUACGCGGCCGGCGAGGAGGGGCGCUCGGCGCCGGGGCGGGGGCCGGCGGGAGCGGGGAUGGAAGCGGAAAUGGAAAUGGCGGGGCUGAUGGCCAAGAUUCAGCAGGCCAACGGGGCCAGCAGGGCGCUGUUCCGGCACCUGGGGUUCGCGCAGGUCGGCGAGGCGGACUAUUUCGGCGAGGUCACCGUGGCUGUGGCGUGGGACCAGGUCGGCAGACUGGUCGAGGGGUGGCUGGACAGCGCGAGCGCGAGCCUUUACCGGGAGGCCGAGUACAUGCGGCAGUAA